AUGGCUGGUCUUACUUUCUGCUUUCGAGCGUUAUUGAAAUUCAAGAAAACUGGCUGUAUAGUGUUGUUACUUUUUAUCUUUUUAAAUAUAACAGUAACGAUUUUUCACGAAUUCGAUUCGCAUUACAAAUUAAAACAGACUAAAAAGUCCAACUUAAAGUUCUUUUACCACUCGAGGUUAGACCGAGAUCUAUCUCCACAUAAACACAGUCGACAUUUAAAUAUUUCUGACUCAUCAGUACUUAGUACUGCUGUCACCAGAUCACAAAAGUCACGGAUGAUUUCUAUAGCCCAAUUUCUGGAUGGUAAAAAAACUGGGAAUCCACUGAUUGAUGACUACGGCAACAAUGACGUCAGAAAUGCCGGGGAAUUAGGACGAGGGGUUAUUCUGACAAAAGCGGAAGCAGCCCAGAAAGAGUUAGUUUUGGAUGAUUACAAUGUGAACACUAUUGUCAGUGAUUUGAUACCUCUCAACAGACUUGUCCCAGAUUCUAGGAUACAGGGAUGCGAUAAACUUCAGUACAACCACAGCUUGCCAAGUGCAUCUGUUAUCAUUCCGUUCUACGACGAGUGGCUGUCGAUGUUACUGAGAACAGUGUACAGCAUCAUUAACAGAUCACCGAGACAUCUGAUCAAGGAGAUCAUUCUAGUCGACGACGCCAGCACUUUAGAUACCCUCAAAGAUCAGUUGGAAAUUUACAUAAACGAGAACUUCCCACUUGGUCUUGUCCGAUUGUUGCGUUUACCAACAAGGUUGGGUCUCAUCGCAGCGCGCAUGCGUGGGUCCCGUGUGGCCACUGGAGACGUUCUGGUGUUUUUUGACAGUCACAUGGAAGUUAACAUCAACUGGCUACCGCCAUUAUUAACGGAAAUCGUCAAAGACCGUAAAGUUAUUGCUAUGGCAACACUGGACUACAUUAGAGCUAUGACAUUUGAAUACAGUUACAACGAGAAUUAUUUGACUCGCUAUGGAUGGGACUGGAGACUCAUUUUCUUUGAAACAUUUUUUCGUCCCGAUCAGAUUGGUCACCAGACAACAGACACUCGACCAGGUGCAACUAUGGUUGGUGCUGCAUUUGCCAUACAAAAAGAGUAUUUCUUUGAACUCGGUGGCUAUGACGAGGGGAUGAGAGUCUGGGGCGGAGAGAACCUAGAAAUGUCUUGGCGGGUGUGGCUCUGUGGUGGACGCCUUCUGCAUGUUCCUUGCUCUAGGAUUGGGCAUGUUCCUCGAGGCCAGCCCUACUCGUUUCCUGGUGGCCGCAGUAAAAUCGAGCAUUUCAACUACAAACGAGCUGUCAGUGUUUGGAUGGGCAACUAUUCUCGGUUCAUUUACACCGAGUUUCCUGAUAUUAGGACUUUAGACAUUGGAGACAUUAGCAGUCGUCUCGAACUCAAGUCCAAGCUGAAAUGUAAAGAAUUCAGAUGGUAUCUACAAAAUGUAUGGCCCGAGCUGAACGUUCCAGAUGAAAACGUGACAGUUUGGGGGAUGGUUGCUAAUGAAGCACAUCCGUUGUGUUUGGAUAAUAACUUUUACUUGUUUCAAGACCUAAACCAGCUCUAUCUAUCACCUUGUACUGAGAAGAUCUCGAGUCAGGCGUUCUCCUUGACUACCGACAAGCUGCUGAGGACAUCGCUCCAGUGUGUUGUGGUCCCUGAUCCCAAGGAAGGAGCGGCGGUCAAACUACAAGACUGCAUUAUUGGCAUGCGUGACAAAUGGGACUACUUACAGGACCGUUCAAUCGUCCAUCAGAAGUCACAUUUGUGUCUGGAAGCCAACACACAGGGGCCACAACUCAGCAAGUGUAAUGGCUCUUCAAAGUCACAAAAAUGGAUAUUCAAGCCAAUUCAUUUAGCAACUAACUAA